UCUAUCUGGACGACGUAUUCGUGGUAGGUGCUCUUAGUGCAGUUAGUUAACCGAUUUAAAACCAAAUUUACCAUUCAAAUGAGUUUACUGUUGACCUUUAUUUAUUUCUUUGUGAAUAACAAAAUCGUGUGAAAGAGCUUUUUUAUUGAAGUAAAAUUAAAAAUUCUAAUGCCAACUAUUAAUAAAAUUGUAAUGAUGAUCAUGCUAACAUUUCGACCAGUGCACCACAUAUUAUUGUUUUUUUUUAAUCCAAGAUCUACGUUGCCUAUCUGUAUUUGAUUUAGACAAGUUUUUGUGUAUAUCUAUCUGUUUGUCUGUGUAUGUGCAUUUGAUUCCAAAAUGAAUGAUUGACAGCAGAUUUAAAGUGGAUUAAUAAGUUGUGUUAAGUGCCAUAAUUUCGAUUUGUUUACUACUUUGAACUGGUGCUAUUUAUUUUUUAUUAAGUGUUGUUGGUGUUUAUUUUUUGGCGAUGCUUACACUAUUCUUACUGCUGUUGCUAAUGCAAGAAUAACGUGUUAACGCGAAGCAUAUAUAUAUAUAUAUAUAUACAUAAUGGUGAAGUUUUUUUAACUGUUGAUUAUUUAUCUUUUUUCCAAUUUUGCUGCUUGUUUUCUGGUAAAAAAACGAUGUUUGUCAUUGUGAUCAUGAAUUGAUUGGUGUUAGACUAUCAUUAAAAACCUGGAAGCACUGUAUGACCGGUUCGUCCCAGUAUGGGACGCCUCAGGAAUGCACAUUCACGAUCCCACACGCGGGACUCGGACUCAGGACCUUCGGUUUCGCGCGCAAACGAUUACACUUUAAUCUACGGAGUCGGUAUUCAACAGUGUUAAUGUAUAACUUCAAUCAAUUCACAAUAUUCGACGACCAUCUUCCAUUGUUUUUUUUGGCCACAUCUAGCCCAAACGCUGUUCUUAUUCGAACGUCUAGUUCUGGUUGCCUCACAGUUAUUAAUCCAUCAGGUACAACUAGUGAAUUAUCUCAUAUUAAUUCUGGACAACAUUCACUACACGGUGCUAAUGACAAUUCAUCAUUAUCUAUUUCUUCAACAACCGUUUUAGCUCAAUCACCUAAAGUUGGUCUUAUUCCUAAUAGUCAACUUCAAACAAGAUCCAAUGUACCAGUCACUCAACAGUAUCAACCAAGACCAACUAUACAAUCAAAUCCUACACCUGUAAUUUCAAAAGUCCAAAGUUUCGCACAAGGUGAAGUACUACAAAUAUCUGAUAAAGACAAUAAAGUACCUGAAACGUCUACUACUUCUAACACUACCACUACGACUACGACUACCUCUACUACUAGCAAUAAAAAAGGUGGUGAAGUGAAAUCUUCUGAAGUUCAAGCUCAAAUUGUCAGCGGUUUAACUGAUAUAGCGAAUCGUUACUUAUCAACUGUAAAACAUGCAAUUCAAUUGGCAUCUAAAAGACCGGAAGCUGCUGAACAUCCAGAGGCAAAUUUAAAUGUACUAUCAUUUGCACAACUUCCAUUAAUUGAAAAAUUAUUACAUGAGAUAGAACGAAAUCCAAUGCAUUUAGUUGAAGAGCAUCUUCAACGUCAAGCUAAAGCAAACGCUGCAAUUUCUUCUCAUGGUACAUCAUCGUCAUCAUCAUCAUCUACAAACACUAGUAAAAUCAGUACAAUAGGUCAUAUGCAAUCACAAAAACAAGAUAGUCAACAACAACAGUCUCAGCAGUCACAACAAAUUUCACGUCAUCAUUUGAAUCAACAAUCGUCCCAGUCACAUUCUGUUCCAGCUUCGAAUCAACAAAAACAUUCAACUGUUAUUAGUCAACAGUCAUUAAAUCAUUUUCAAGUCCCGACUACUAAUUUAAACACACUUCUAUCUCAACCUUUCGAUGCUCCAAGUCCAACCGGUGUAGUAGACAUUCAGCAACAAGGUAUUCAGCCUCGACCACCUACUCAUUUCUCACCAGCUGGUAUAAAUCCCACUAUCUCAAGUACUCAAAGUUCUGAUAUAUCAACCAAAACAUCAACAGCUGUAUCAGGAUCAGUUGUGGAACAUGGUCGACUGACACAUCCUAAUCGUGUUACUACAUCAGCUUCUCUGCUUGGAUCAUCUACUCAAAAUAAUACUGAACCAACAGGAUUUUAUGCUAGUUUACAGUUAUUAGCUACAGAAUUCGAGAGAAUGUCUGACCGUAUGUCACAAGAUCAAGCUUAUUCUCGUCGAAUUUCCAGAGCGAUUCAUGAAAUUUCACUGGAGACGAAAUCGUUCAGAGAAAGUAUUGGAUUUAGUCUACCUCAAGAUACAGAUCAAUUUGUUGGGCAUAAUAAUAAAUGUACCCUAACAACUGUUGAUGAUUAUUCGAAUAAAACAAAUCCAUUAAUUACAACGUCUAAUUUAACUGGUAACAAUGAUAAUAAUGAUACUGUUUUGAAUUCAUUAAAACGUAAACAUUCUUGUGACGAUGAUGAUAUGAAUGAAUAUGAACCGAAAGCGAAGAGAGUAUGUGUUAGUUCAGUAUCUGGAAAUGAAAAAUCCAAUUCACAUAUACAACACCCGGCAUCGGUUAAUACUACUACUAAUAGUAAUAGUAGUUCGGAUGAAUUACAAACACCCACACUAUUAACUGAUAAGGAUGGUGCUGGUAUUUUCUUACCUACAUUGUCUUCACCGUUAUCAUCGUCUGUAAUUAAAACUGACCAUCAGGGGUUAAACGGUUCACCCGAGAAAUUGUUUUUACAAACAAAUAUAGUGUAUAAUCCAGAAUCUGAUCCAUUAGAACAAUUUCCUACAGAUCAAUUAAAUCGAUUAAAUCCAAAAAUUCUCAUUGAAAUAACUAAAUUACAAGCAUUAAAUAUUCAAGUUGAAGGCAAUUCACAUCCCCCAUGUAUUGAUGAUAUGGAAAGUUACGCUACAUGUUUAGAUGCUGGUGAAUGGAAUACAAGUUGUCAUUUAAAAUUAACUUAUUUAGAUAAGGCACGUUAUUUACCAUGCGAAUUGCCAGAGUUCUAUAUUCGAUUAACUCCAGACUAUUUACAAACUGGUCAAUUAAAUUGGUAUUACUUACCAAAAUUGAAAUUUCUAUCUUCAUUAAACAAUCCAAAUAAAGAUAAUGUAAAUCAUUUGGAGAAUUCUGAACGAUAUUUAAAUUUAUAUUAUGACGAAUUAAAUAAACAAUUUGAUCGAAUGAAACAAUUAACAGAUCAUCGAAAGAGUUUAGUAAAAAUUGGUAAAACGUGGACCAGUGUCAUCUGUGCAUCAAUGGCUCGUUUUUAUAAAUUUGAUCAUAAUUUGUUAAUAAUUACAACUAUCAAGUCAACUCAACAAAAUAGUCAAUUAGUUUAUUAA